AUGAGUGCGCGGCCCGUCAUGCUCGCGCUUGCACGCCCCACCGCCCCGCUCAUCUCACGGGCAACCAGGUCCGGGCCCAGCACUCAGCAGUCUCGAGGCAUCCUCACUCAGCGCGCGACGAGCUUUUGGGCGCCAUCUUAUCCCGCUCCCGAGAAGAAUCACAAGAUUGAAGAGACACCCAUGCCGCCACUGCCCGAGGCCAGGGGCGGGUUGAUCCCCGAGACGGCGAGCUCGAGCUCCACCAAGUCGCAUCGACGGGACCGGUAUCUCGACAGCUUAAUGGACAAGGCAGGGCACAUGUAUCUGAAGUGCUCGAUUCUCGAUGCUAACGGCAACUGGACCGCAGAGGAGGGCACAUAUCGCAAGAUGGACUUGUGUCGAGCGCACGACCUCGACCCCCGCGACCUGCGCAAGCUCGACAGCCUCGUCCCGUCGCUCGUGCCGAUCAUCCUCACUCGCAGGAGUUGUAUCCUCAUCUCGAUUCAGCACAUCCGCGCGCUUAUCAAGCCCGACCGCGUGAUCAUCUUCAACACACCCGGCGCGGAGGACAGCGAGGCCGCCAAACGCUUCAAGGCGCACCUCCAGGCGAACGUGCGCUCUGGCUUGGCGCCGAAGCACGAGGAGCGGGUCGACGGCGAGGACUACGGCCUGCCGUACGAGCACCGCGCGCUCGAGAGCAUCCUCGUCGACACGGCGAACGCGCUCGAGGAAGAGAUGGGUUUCAUCCGCCGCCUUGUGGAUUCCCUGCUGGAGAGAUUCGAGCACGACAUCGACCGCGAGAACCUCCGGCGCCUGCUGCAUUACUCUCGUCGACUGGCAGGGUUCCAGACGCGCGCAAAGAGCAUCAAGAGCUCGUUUGACGAGCUCCUCGACAGUGACGAGGACCUCGCGGCGAUGUACGUGGGCGACCGCAUGCACGGCCGUCCGCGCGCGGUGCACGACCACGAGCAGCUCGAACUCCUCCUUGAGGGCUUCACCAAGCAGGUGGAAGAAGUCGUCUCAGAAAUUGAUACAACCGCCGCCAACAUGCAAAGCACACAGGAGGUAGCCGAGCUUAUGCUCGACUCGGGCCGCAAUGAGCUGCUGGCUUUGGACAUCAAGGUCUCGAUGGCGACGCUCGGCAUCGGCGCGGGCGCGCUCAUCCCCUGUCUCUUCGGCAUGAACCUCACAACACACCUCGAGAGUACCGAGUAUGUGUUCCUCGCAGCGUCUGGCGCGUCCAUGUCCCUCGCCCUGCUGCUGUACCUGUACGGCGUGCGCGUACUGCGCAAGGUGCGCCACGUGAGCCUGGUCAGCAUGCCGACCUCUCUCCCGCAGUCGGUGAGAGAGGCCAAGGAGCGCUUCGUGCGCGAGCGCGCUGAGAGCUGGCGUUGGCACGAGGCGCAGGCUGAGGCCGAGUGCGGCGCCAAGAGCUCGACCAUGUAUGCCAAGGGAAUCCCGGACUAUGAAGCACGGUGGGGGGCGGUACGUCGCUCCCUCCGCUCCCGCGCAUCAAUCUGGGACCGCCUCUUUCGUCCUCACCUUCUUCACCGCAACCUGCUGGGUCUCAAGCGCGCACCGGUGUUGAAGAUCAGGGCGGUGGUGCAUCCCAAGAAGGAUGCUGCGGCGGGCCAGUCGCCUGUACCUGGCGGCGCUGGGGCAGUGCCAGCUGCUGGGUCGCAUGGCGCGACCCACCCCAUCCCGUCGACCAACACGCAUCCGCCGUCGCCCAUGGCGAGCCCCACCCGGCCAACUGCGCCUCGCACGAUGAGUGCGCCUCUUGCGCGCGUGUUCACAACAUCCCCUGCGAGCCAGAAGGAAGUCGGCAUCCUCCCCGACAAGGACAGUCUGCCGAGCUUGAAAGCGCAUCCUCCGCUCCCAAAGGCGGUGCCGGUGACUGUCACGCCACCUUCCCUAGCUGCGAUCCAGGAGGAAGGCUAUUACGAUGACGACGUCACUCUGUUGCCGGAGGACGAAGCCAUGCUGCGCCUAACCCCUUCAGCGGCCGCCCAAUUGGCGAAGAUUGGGGAAGGCGAGAAGCCGGGGUCACAGCUGGCUUUCCGUGUUGGCGUCGACAGUGGCGGGUGCCAUGGGUACCAGUACAAGAUGGAGCUGACGGAGGAGCGAGGCGGUGACGAUUACGUCUUCUCGGCCGGCUCGAUCCCUGUCGUUGUCGACCUCGCGUCACUCCGCCUGUUGAAGAACGCGACGUUGGACUACGCGACUGAACUCAUUGGGAGCUCCUUCCGCAUUGCCCACAACCCUCAGGCGAAGGAUGGCGGAAACUGCGGAUGUGGUGUGAGCUGGGAGCUUGAGGGACAGUUGUAG